AUGCUGGAGAAAAUGAUGACCAGCACACCUAGACAAAGGUUGAACAAAUCAAUGCUUGCCAUGGAGUCAGCUGCGAUCAUGGAUACAUUGAGCUCGAUGAAAUCUCAGAUUGAAAGCAUGGAGAUAUUGCAGUGGGCAAAGCAGUGUCAAAUCGGGAAGAAACGAAGGGAAGAGUUCGAAAAUGAGAUUCACAGAAAGUUAGAUGAGCAUAGUCCAAAACAAGAUGACGAUGACAAAGUCUUGAAAACCUGCUUGAACAAUCUCAACUUGAUCAUCAUGGGUUUGAAGUUCGAAGAUGCAACUCUCAUUAAGAAAGCAAUGUUUGUUCCAAAUUGGAUUUUUCGAAGCAACUCAAAGCUUGCAAUCUGGCUAGAGCAUGGAUGGUUAUCUGCAUUUGUUGAAGAAGUGUGGCCUAUUAUCUUGCAGGAGGACGAUGACCGCGUCACGCAAGAUUUUGAGGAACUUUUCAUGGAGAUGAUUCAGAAAGGAAGCAAGCUUUUCUCAGAUUCGCAAAGGAAAAAAGAGAUCAGUAAGCUUCAAAGGAACAUCUCUCAGUUCUUGGUUGCAAUCUUCGACAUACAAUACUUACGAGACAGCCGUCGAAGCAAGCGUUGUAUGGAUUUGUUGAGAAAGUUCAAAGUCGAACCAAUCAUGACAGGCAAUUUUCAAAAGUUGCUGUUGCCAUUGUGUGGAAAGGUGCUUGAUCGGAUGAAUAUGGACAUGAUAUCCGAGUUGUCAGCCCUGGUAAAUUGGGCUGAGAUUCUGUCUGCUGGUUCUCUUCAAGCAAUCCUUGGUAAAGAUGUCACACCGCUUGGCUUUGUCUGUCAAAGACAACCUCCGAGAGACAGGAUCGAAAUUGAUGCUGUCUGCAAUUCAAGCAUGAAUGUAUUUUCACACAGAUUAUGCUCGUUUGAUUUGAAGGUAUUCCUGCAAAGAAAAGAUAACAAGCUUGUCUGCGAUUUGAAAAUUGUUGCUUCAUCUUCAAUGUCCAGUUUCUUAUCUAAUGGCGAAAGGCUUACAGUUCAUGUCACAGUCGACUCGGUCAAGAAGACUGCUGUCAUGUUUGAGAACAACAAUUCAUCUUCUUCAUUGUGCUUUUCUGCGUCAGGCAAGGGAGUCCAUCUCGUUAUUGAAAUUGAUAGUGUGCUCUUGCGGGAGGGCAGGGUGCUUCAAACUAUCGAGCAGUGGCGUCAGGAUCAAGCAUCUGUGAUUAGAUUUCUUUUGGACAAAGGAGCAGACAAAAACAUAUCUCAUGUCAAGCAUAAAACUAUUCACGCCAUCGCGGUCGAACACGGGGUAUCCCCUUCCAUCUGCAAACUCCUAAUCCCUUCUGAUGUGGAAUGUUCUCUGACCAAUGCUCUAAAAAGAUUUCCUGUCGCUCAGAGGGAAGUGAUGGAACUGGUUGAAGCUUUACCUGCUCAGACAGGAACUUUCUUUGACGUCAAGAAACUACUGAAUGAUCCAGACAUUGACGAUUCUUACCUGUCCAAUCUACUUCCUGUAUUGCUCUUCCGAUGCAGGAACAAAGAAACUCAUUUUCGUUGUGUCGUUGAGACAGAGAAAAUUGGCUCGUGGAAUGUUCUUCAACUUGUGCUUGACAACGUGAUGGAAGGCGUAGAUCUCACAACCAUUCCGCUUCAUGGAGUAAUCAGCUCGGGCAACAAUGACUUGCUCGCACGUUUGCUCAAGACAAAAGCAGAUCCUAAUCUCAAAACCGGAGAGUAUGAGUCGACAGCGUUACAUACCGCAGUGAGGCACAAGGAUGUCACAGCCAUUAAGCUUCUCCUGAAUGCAGGUGCUGAGUGCAACGCAAGAUCUCUCACAGGAACUGUGUUACAUCUUCUGUGCGACCAAAAGUGCGAUGAACAAGUGUUGGCGAUCGGAACGCUUCUGAUAAAUCAUGGAUCAGACCCCACGUUGCCGAACAACAAAGGAAAGAGUGCCAUUCAAACGUGCCGCUCGGGUAAACUGAAAGAAUUGUACCAGACGAAUAAGAAAUUGCAACCAUGCUCACCAAACAAAUCGGUGACAGGAAGCCCCGUCCUGAAAAAGACUCCAAGGUCAAAAGCUGCGAUGAUGGACAACAGCUGCGCUCAUGAGGUGUCCUCGUCUGAUGCUUGCAUCACUGGAAAAGUUGAUACUGGAAAGUGUCAAAGUGUUGAGCGCGCAAAGACCACUAAGGCAUCCAAGCAGGCGAGCAAUGCUUGCGAUGAUUCAGAUUCUUUGAUCUCGCUGCAGCAAGCGAUCAGAGAACGUCUCAAGAUGCUUUUGGAUGGAAUGGAGAUGACGGUGAAUGAGGAAUGUUCUUCUUUGAAUGCUCAGGCAAAGAUUCCAUCAGCAGAAGAAAAUCGAGACAUGAAAACUGAACGGCCUCAGCGGACGCGUGUUGCUAAACGAUUGCAAUUCGUUGAAGAGAACCCCUUGGAUGGUGCGGGAGAGCAAAUGGCUCCGAGUGCUGAGCAGGAGGGCUCUCAAUCCGACAAGCUCGAGGAGAUGGACCGCCCGCUGGCUCUCAGAGGCGACGAAUGCUGUACGGUCCAAGGCUUCACUGCUAAAGAGCUUUCCUCGAGCGCGUGGGACCUUCGUUUCACACGAGAGUUCAAAGAUCAAUUAUUCCAACUGUACAAGGACCCUAAGCUUCUCAGCUCAAUCGUGAGCAAACUGAAGAGGCUCGCCAACGGGGAACAAGGAAGAAGUCUGAUGAAGUGCCUCAAAGGAACUCCAAAGCACCUCAAGAUCUUCGAGACUCCUUGCGUUUCCUUCAAUGACAGCGGCCGAUUCCUCUGGCAGUAUGCUGUUGACUACUCUCCUCGAAUUCAAGGCUUCACUGACACCAUUCGGCUCUGGCGUAUCUGUCUCGAUCACGAUGACGUGCCGAGAGGCAUCCGAUUCAUCGUUGACGCGCACAAGAAGGGAAGACAGAGUGUGAUGGAGAAGCAGCUCGUGCCUUGCUGGGAAGGAACCAGUACUUUUCAGAAGGACGGGACAAGGAUUCCUCGUCAGUACCGCCCAUGUGAGCAUGUCGAUCUCGUCGAGCUGCGCAAGGAGGAAGACAGGAGGUUUACACUGAUGGUGGAUUCAGAGGAGGAUGUUGAUGAGGAGUAUGUCAACCUCAUCUACACUCCUCCAGCUGUGAGCUCUGCUGAAAGUUUGAACGUCCUCAAGUUCUACGCCUUGAACGAGCAUGUCAUUCGAAGUCUGCAUUCCUUCGAGAACAGGAGCGACGAGGAGACAGCCGUGGUCCCUCCCGAGUUUCCUUUCAUCCCCGAUGACCGUGAAGACAAGAUUAUCAAUCUCCGCGAGGACGAAGUUGUCAAUAGGAAAGUUUCCACGAGCAAGAGAUCAACGAUUCUGGUUGGAAGAGCAGGAACGGGCAAAACGUCAAUAGCAAUCAAUCGGAUGUGGAGAAUGUAUUCGUGCCUGAGCUGCAAUCCUUCAAAGACCGAGGAGUACAACCAGAUAUUUGUCACUGCAAAUCGAGUGCUUCGACAUCAAGUGAGAAAAUCAUUCAGCUGUAUGAAAGGAAUUCCAGAAGGCUCCAACUCAAGCUCUUUCACCUACUCUGCUUCCUUGUGGAGCACAACAAACGAGAUGUUCCCGCUCUUCCUCACUCAGUGUGAGUGGCUGCAGAUGCUUGAUGCGACGUUGAGCAGACCCUUCUGGCCGAGGAAGGCCGAUGGAAGCCUGCUCUUCCAAGACGUGAGCCGGUUCCAUGAAGAGGAUGGCAUGCUCGACUCGCUGCCGGACGAGGAGGAGGUCGACUAUCUCGAGGAUAACAGCGACGAGGAGCCAGGGAGUCUCGCAGAGGAUACGACCGACUCGCCUUCUGCUUCGAUGGCUCCCAUGCGCGAAGAAGUUGACUUCACUUUCUUUUUGCACAACUUUUGGCCAGUGAUGGUCAAAUCAGGAAAGUGCAAGAACCUCUCGCCCACCAGCAUCUUCCAAGAGAUUCACUCGUACAUCAAGGGAUCAUACAAGGCGCUUGUGACUCAGCAAGGGUUUCUCUCUCGAGCGGAGUACCUGCAGCUGCCCUGGAAGAUGGCGCCAAACUUCAACGGGCUGAGGGCCGAGGAGGAUGAGAUAGACCUGCCGGGCGACAAGUUUGGGACCAGAGACCUGAUCUACGACAUGUUUGAAAUCUACCAGACAGAGAAAUCAAAACUUGGAGCGUACGACAUUGCAGAUGUGACGCAUUACAUCUAUCACAACUACGAUUUCAGUUCCCCCAAUCGCAAGAGAAUUCACAGUAUUUACAUUGACGAGGCGCAAGAUUUCACACAAGCAGAGCUUGCUUUGCUCGUUCGGAUAUGUGAAGACAAGAAUGACAUGUUCUUCAGCGGCGACACUUGUCAAACCAUCGCCACAGGAAUCGGAUUCCGUUUCGAAGAUCUGAAAAGCCUUUUCAAGUUUGCGCAAGACAAGCAGCCGAGCAUUGAAAUCCCGGAAGUCAGCACGCUCAACGUCAACUACAGGACCCACAACGGCAUCCUCGCCGUCGCAUCCAGCAUAGUGCACCUUCUUGAACGACUCUUUCCUGCCUUCAUUGACUCGCUGCCGGAGGAGAAAGGAUUCUUCCAGGGGCCAAAGCCGAUGAUGUUGUUGGGCACAGGCAUCGAUGACAUCGCGUUGCUGGUCCUCGGGUCAGACAGGAAACAGUCGCAGAUCGAGUUCGGAGCCCACCAAGUCAUCCUCCUUCGCUCUCAAGAGGCCAAGGACGAGCUGCCUGAGUUCUUGAAGCAAUGCCUGGCGCUGACUAUCCUCGAAUCUAAAGGGCUCGAGUUUGAUGACGUCAUCCUGUGGAACUUCUUGACUGACAGCAAGGCAGAGAAAGAGUGGCGAGUAGUCUUGUCCUGUCUGAUCGAUUCUGAUCCGAGGGAGCAACAAGUCUUGGAAGCGAAGCGGAAGGCAGAGGAGAACAAGAGAGUCGCUGGGAUGCUCAGACCCCUAGAGUUUGACGAGAAAGCUCACCUCAUCCUGUGCGAGGAGUUGAAACAUCUCUACACGGCGAUGACUCGAGCAAGAGUGCGGGUAAUCAUGUACGAAGAAGACGAAGCGAAACGAGCUCCCAUGUACUAUUUCCUGCAGCGGAAGGAGCUCUGUGAGAUCAUCUCGAUGCUCAGCCAGACCUUCAGUUGCGACUCAUUUGCAAGGAAAACAAGUCGAGAAGAAUGGAGGCAGCAGGGUGAGAACCUUCGCAACGUGAGACUGUACAAGUUAGCGUCCAAGUGCUUCGAGAAGUCGGGGGAUGAGCAGCUGAUGCUUCAAUCGCAAGCAGAGCACCUGCUGUCCACUGUAGCCGCCAAGAGCAGCGCGGACGAGAAGAAAAGAGCGCUGAUGGAAGCCGGCUAUCUCUGCUUGAAGAUCGGGGGAAACUUCCUCCUGAGAGCAGCCAGGAGCUUCGCUGAAGCCGGAGAGUUCGAGACAGCUGGAGAUGUUUACGAACUCUGCGCUCUUCAGAUGCCCAAGAAGGAGGCGCUGAGAAGGCGGUGUGUAGCCCUCUACCGCAAGGCAGGGAAGGUGGACAAAGCAGCGGAUAUGAUGAUCAAGCAUGGUGACGCCAGGAACGCGCUGACGCUUCUUCUACGCGAGAAGCGGUACGAGAAGGCGAUCAAGCUACACGAGGAACACUCGCUGCCAGGCAUGCCCGACGCUCUCUCCAAGGAUUCCUUUCUCCGAUUGCGCGCCAACCACCUCGCGCUGUCAGCCAAGAAUGUCGCCUUGAACGAGGAGCAGCGGGACCGCUCGUACCAGGCGUUCUUGAAGACGGCAGCCAAGAUGACGGAGAACCUCGAAGAAGCUGUUCUGAUCGAGAACGCGUGUUAUGCGGAGCUCGCGGAUCGCCUCGACUCAAGGGAGAAGUUCAGAGAGGCCGCCAUGGUCUACACACAGGCAGGCGAUCUCGAUCGAGCUCUGCUCUCUAUCUCAAAGUGUGACAGCUCCACGUUGUCUGAGAUGCAAGUCAAGGCAGAUUUACAACUGCUCAAAGCUCUAGAGUCCGAGGACCGAUCGUCAAAGUGCAAACAUCUUUCUGCGGCUCUCAAGACGUUUUCUGACAUGUUGGAAUUCUCGAAGAAGAAGAAGCAGGAGGAAGAUAUUGAGUUUGUAAAGCUUCGAAUCAUCUUCACAAAGAUUCAGCUUCUCGAGAAUGGUCAGAUGUGCAAGAUCAGCAAUGAAUGGCUUGCAGACGCAACUCUAAGAUGUUUCUGGGACUUGACGACAACCAAGCUCGAGCUGCAAACAUGCACAGAGAAGUUUCUGGAUGACAAGAAGAGGAGCGGCACUCUCUUGAGAAAGGUGUAUCAGAUCUUCAUUGACGUUGCGCACUUGUCGAAUGAGCUCAGCAGCAAACAAGACAGGAAACUCCUCAACGUCCAGCACAAGCAUCUUGAGCAACUCUUUGGAAUGCAGCGGAGUGUUAAUGAUCUGACUGCAUCGAAAGUCCAGCAGCGGCUGAUCAGAAGAAGCCUCCUCGUGAGCGAGGAGAUUUGCUUGUUCCCGAUCGAUUCCUACACCGACGUGCUCAACCCCGACGUCUUGUACAAGUCCAUAAAGACGCACCUGCUCAAGGCUGCUCGCGACGUCCUCGAGCCCUUGACUGACUUGGCGUCGAGGUAUCAGUCAUCGGAAAGCUUCAAGGCCCUCAAGGCCUCGGGCGUCUGCUUGUGGCUGUCGAGCCUCUUGUGCUCGCAAGUUCUGUCGUCGCAAGGGGACAGGAGGAGAGCAGCGGGCGAGAGGUUGCGCAGGAGCAUGAAGACCUAUGAAGGCCGGCUAGUGCAAUGGCACCUCGGCCUCAACCUCUUCUCUCCCGUGCAUACUCUUCGACGGCUGCUGCCCACCUUCAUCUCAGCUCCUGAGUACAUGCGAAUGAAAACAACCAUCGAGCUGUUCUUGAACGACAUGAUGCAGGAUCACCUCAAGGGCGUCAGAGCUGGUGCGAUCAGCAGCCUCAACGAUGUCAAACACCAGCUCUCUCGUUGUGUCUUGUUGCUUGAUAGUCUGGAGAUCAAGUUGGCUUCGACUCCCUUGGCAGCACUGCAGAAAGACAUGUGCUUGCUUGACUGGACGAUCUCAAAACAGAGAAGAAACGCGACGCUCCUCACUCAGUGCCAAGUGUUGAGGGCGCUGAGCUCUUGUACUGCAGCCCAACUCCCGAUACAAACAUGGCAGAUCCUUGCCGACACGCUUGCUCUCUUCUGCUUUGCUGUGAACCUCGAUGUUCUGCGAGGAGAACAAAAGGACGACACCUGCAAUGAAGUCCGUCAGAGGUCUGUGCUGCUUCCCCUGCUAUACAGGGUGCCAUACAAGGACAUGAGGGUUGAAAACUUGCAGCAUGAGGCGAGCAGGCAGUUGAUGAAGGAGACGCUCGACCUGUCGCUGCAGAUCUUGGAACGAGCAUGUGAGGCCAGCAAGUUCCCCAACGACUUGAUCAAGACAUCCAUCCUUGACUUCCUCGCAAGCGCCCUGGUCAACAUUGCUCACUCUCAGCCUGAGCCAAUCAACCUAUGGACCAGUGAGAUCCAUCGCGUCCACCGGGUCAUGCAGUCCAUGGGCCCAGCGAGGGGGGGAGGCGACAUGCCGUCGUUUGAGGUGUUUGACAAGGAGAAGUUUCAACAAGUGCAAAGGUCCAUGAGUGUUCAGUUCAAGUUCGCCACGCUGUUGAUCACCUCGGCUUCUGUCUGCUCGAGCAAGGCAUGGGAACGUCUCAGCCCAGCCAGUCAGGAUCGGAUCGAGGAAGCAGCGAGUGCAAACGCCGGUCCCAAGGAGGAAGACAAGCAGAGGCUGGCGAGUUUUCUGUUAGCCGCCACCCUCAGACUCAGAGAUCGGAACGCUUUCUUGACAGCCGUCCAAGAGUUUCGCAGUGCCUCUGCAGCAGCAGAAGCAGCCGCAGCAGCCGCAGCUCAACAUACGUGCGAUGCACAGGCAGGCAUAGACAGUUACACUCAAGACUUGAUCUCCAUCAUCCAAGACUUCUUCCAGGCGUGCGAAGAAACGUUUGUCCUGCUCAGCGAGAUCAAGUCGCUUUCUGCAGAGCCGGCGAUCCUCCAUGAAGCGGACCGACUGUAUCGAGACACGUCCUUCUCGUACACGAGGGCCAAGAAGAAACUCAGUGAUGCCAUACAUAAUCCUCACCAGGAGGGAAACGCCCUGCAGAACAUUGCAGCUGACAUCAUGGUGGACAGAGAGACCUUCUACUUCGUUCAAGAGCUCGUUCAAGCACAUCAACAAAACCUGUUGCAGAAUAUGGAUCAAGGAGUGUUCAUGUCGCAGAGGCUGUCAGAGCAACACGAGCAGCAGAUGCUGUUCCCUCCGCAGCCCACGAUGAUGGGAUCGCUUUCGGGCCCUACGCUUGCACCAUCAGCCGUGUAUCCUCCUCCUCAGCAUUUCCAGCAGCAGGCCGACCUGAUGAGGCCUUCUGAAGCCUUCAUUCUACCAAACCCCUCACAGUUUCAAGGCUCGUCGUCAGGCAUGAUUGGCUCCUCUCCUCUCGUCGUGCAGGAGCAGUUCUUCUCAUCUCAUGGAUUCGCAGCUGCCUCUUCCUUCCUCCCUCCUGGUGACUUCGACCAGUUGGAGAACAUGCCGGACAGCGAGCUGAUGCCGUUGGGGCCAGACAGUGAGCAGACAAGAACGCGGAGGUAUCAGAGGCAUGGCAGGUUUGGAUAUCGCGGAAGCAGAGGAGGCUGGUCUGAGAACCCGCGAGGGCUGAGGAGGCAACAGCCACCCAACUUGCCGCCAGGGCAGAACCGACAAGCUGCCGCGCAGGGUGCCGGGCAGAGACCGGAAGCUAAUGGGCACCCUCGAGACUCUUACAUGGGGAAGAAGAAGAGAUUUUAUUCCAACAGACCACAGCAGCAGCAGCAGCAGCGACAGCAGCAGCAGCAGCAGCAGCAGCAGCAGCGACAGCAGCAGCAGCAGCAGCAGCAGCAGCAGCAGCAGCGACAGCAGCAGCAGCAGCAGCGACAGCAGCAGCAGCAGCAGCGACAGCAGCAGCAGCAGCAGCGACAGCAGCAGCAGCAGCAGCAGCAGAAGCGACAGCAGCAGCAGCAGCAGCAGCAGCAGCAGCAGCAGCAGCAGCAGCAGCAGCAGCAGCAGCCACAACAACAGCAGCAUAAACAGCAGGCACAGCAGCCACAGCAGCCACAGCAGCCACAGCAUAAACAGCAGGCACAGCAUAAACAGCAGGCACACUGGCAACAGCAGCAGCAGCAUAAACAGCAGCAGCAGCAGCAUAAACAGCAGCAUCAAGCACAAACACAAGCAAAGGGAACACAAGCACAUCAACCUUCCGAAGCUUCUUGA